AUGACCUUCUCGCAAGGAGAACUAGACUACGUGCGAGAACAUCUGCGCAGGAGCAUCGUCGCUGUGUACUAUGACGGCGGCGGGCUUUAUUUCGAAAUGCGGAAGGAGUUGCUUAUUUUUGUCUCCUCUCCUAGAGUAACGCCAAGGAUUAGGUGCAUAAUAUCACUUUGGGGGAUCGCUGACCGCUCUAUCGCGGGCAGCAUCUACCGUCACUUAUCCCAAUCCAGUCCUGAAAUAGCGGUCUUGGUCAGCCGUUUCUACCGUUUACUCAUCAAGCACCCCACAAAAGCCGAUUGGAUACCCUGUAUGAUUCGGCCAGAUUCAAAUUUAUAUCUUCGGACCGUAUAUUUCGGACAAUCCGAAUUGUGUUACAGGUAUAUCCCAGAACCCAUAUGUGUAGGCUCCAGAGUGGCAAAGGAUUUCAUUGACAUAGAUAUCCUGAAAAUGACAUGCGCGGGGCAGGCCCCACCCCUCGAAAUGGCAAUUGUGACAAAAACAUUUGAUGACUAG